AAACACUAUAUUUUGUUCCAAAAUAUGAGUUUAAGUAUACUUAUUGCUGGUGCUUCGUUUAUUGGACUUUUGACAUAUUAUAUCUGGAUUUGGUCAUUUUGGAUCAGGAAAGGAGUCAAAGGACCCCGUGGAUUUCCAUUUUUUGGAGUGAUUCACGAGUUCCAAGACUAUGAAAAUCCAGGACUGUUGAAAUUGGGAGAAUGGACAAAAGAAUACGGACCAAUAUAUGGUAUUACUGAAGGAGUCGAAAAAACUUUGAUUGUGUCUAAUCCAGAAUUUGUUCAUGAAGUAUUUGUGAAACAGUUUGAUAAUUUCUAUGGAAGAAAGACAAAUCCCAUUCAAGGAGACCCAAAUAAAAACAAAAGAGCACAUCUUGUCUCGGCUCAAGGGCACCGUUGGAAGCGGUUGAGAACUCUGUCAUCACCUACGUUUUCAAAUAAAAACCUCAGAAAAAUUAUGAGUACUGUAGAAGAAACUGUAGUAGAGUUGAUGAGACAUUUGGACGAUGCAAGUGCAAAAGGAAAAGCUGUAGAUUUAUUAGACUACUACCAAGAAUUCACUCUUGACAUCAUUGGAAGAAUUGCAAUGGGUCAAACAGAAUCGCUGAUGUUUAGAAAUCCAAUGCUUCCUAAGGUGAAAGGAAUUUUCAAAGAUGGUCGUAAACUACCUUUCCUAGUUUCUGGUAUUUUCCCGAUAGCGGGAACUAUGUUCCGCGAAUUCUUCAUGAGAUUCCCAUCUAUACAACCAGCCUUCGAUAUUAUGAGUACUGUGGAAAAAGCUUUGAAUAAACGACUGGAACAAAGAGCCGCAGACGAAAAAGCUGGAAUUGAGCCAUCUGGUGAACCACAAGAUUUCAUUGAUUUGUUCCUAGACGCAAGAGCAAAUGUAGAUUUCUUUGAAGAGGAAUCCGCACUAGGAUUUGCUAAAACAGAAAUUGCGAAAGUUGAUAAACAACUGACAUUUGAUGAAAUUAUUGGCCAAUUGUUCGUUUUUCUGUUAGCUGGAUAUGAUACAACUGCCCUUUCCCUCUCAUAUUCUUCAUAUCUCCUGGCAAGACAUCCAGAGAUUCAGAAGAAAUUACAAGAAGAAGUGGAUAGAGAAUGCCCAAAUCCUGAAGUCACUUUUGAUCAAAUAUCAAAAUUGAAGUACAUGGAAUGUGUGGUAAAGGAAGCUCUACGAAUGUAUCCAUUAGCAUCCAUCGUUCACAACCGAAAGUGCAUGAAGGAAACGAAUGUACUUGGAGUUCAAAUAGAGAAAGGAACAAAUGUUCAAGUGGAUACAUGGACACUUCAUUAUGAUCCAAAAGUUUGGGGAGAGGAUGCAAAUGAGUUUAGGCCAGAGAGAUGGGAAUCUGGAGACGAACUAUUUUAUGCAAAAGGAGGAUAUCUUCCAUUCGGUAUGGGACCAAGAAUUUGUAUUGGAAUGCGAUUGGCAAUGAUGGAAAAAAAAAUGCUUUUGACCCACAUCCUGAAAAAGUACACAUUCGAAACUUCUACGCAAACAGAAAUUCCAUUAAAAUUGGUCGGAUCCGCCACAACUGCACCAAGAAGUGUUAUGCUCAAGUUGACACCAAGACAUUCCAAUUAAUUCCUAAUUUUAGUUGUAUAAUAAAUUAUGCAUAUGUGUACCUAUUGGUUUUUUGAUUAAUAAAUUGUUCAAAUCGAU